CCCUGGAUUCAUAUAACCUUCCUACUCCGGCUGGUGAGCCCGGCGCCCUCCGUACGUGUACUAUGUUAGGUUAUGUAUGGACGCCCCGGUGCAUGCUAAGCAACGACACUAGACACGGUAGUGGCGUUAGUAUGCUGCAUCUCGACUAACGGCCUUAAUUUCUGCUGCAUCUCGCUUCUUGACGUUGCAGUGGACUAGGUGGCCAGUUGUCUGUUAUAUUAAUCGGUCGCUCCCUGGACACCGCGCUGCGUCUGCAACUCUCCGCCCUCACGCCGGUCGUGGUCUCUGCAAUUGAGUUUUCACCAUGGCGUCCUACGAAUUGAAGAACCGAGCCAGCUCGGCCAACCGAGAGGUAAGCGGGUCCGACUCGGGAGCGCGUGAUGAUUUGGCUCUUGCACGAUUGGGCAAGAAGGCUGUCCUGAAGCGGAACUUUGGUAUUCUCUCAAUUAUCGGCCUCAGUUGUACCAUUCUCGGCACCUGGGAGGGUAUUCUAUCGACGUUUACUAUUCCCCUCGAAAAUGGUGGAUCUGCCGGUGCUGUAUACUCCUUUAUCUUUGCAUGGACGGGAACAGCCUGCUGUUUCGUUCUGCUGUCCGAAAUGGCGUCCAUGGCGCCGACUUCCGGAGGCCAAUAUCACUGGUGUGCCAUGCUUGCGCCUUACAAGCAUAUGAAAUUCCUAAGUUACAUCACAGGAUGGUUGACUGUGAUCGGAUGGCAGGCCGCCUUUGCAUCGUCGUCUUACAUGGCUGGAACUGAGAUUCUGGGUGCCAUUAUCUUGGGACGUAACAGCUUCAGCUCGCAGGCCUACCAGGGUACCCUUCUGAUGUGGGCGGUUGUGGUCGUAGCUCUCCUUGUGAACAUUAUCGGAGGAAAGUUCCUGCCUCGCCUGGAAACCUUCAUCCUCAUGAUUCACAUUCUGGGAUACUUUGGUGUGCUCAUCCCCAUGACAUAUAUGUCCGACCACAAAUCGACCGAGGCGGUCUUCAAGGACUUUACCAAUGGCGGAAAUCUCUACACCGAUGGUAUAUCCUUUUUCGUCGGUAUGACCGGUUGUGUGUUUGCCUUUGCAGGCGGUGAUGCUGCCGUGCAUAUGGCCGAAGAAGUAAACCAUGCCACGGUCGUCAUUCCCCGUGCCAUUCUCCUCAGUGUUGCCAUCAACGGCACCUUGGGAUUCACCAUGCUGAUCGCCACUCUCUUCUGCAUGGGCAGUGUCGAUGCGGCCCUUGACUCUCCUACGGGCUACCCCUUCAUGGAAAUCUUCCAGCAAGCAACCGGCUCGGUCGCAGGUGCAUUGGGCUUGUCCUCCAUCCUCGUUAUUGUCGGUAUCUGCGCCGCCUUGGCCAUGUUGACUGCCACCUCUCGCCAGUUCUGGUCGUUCGCUCGCGACCGUGGUGUCCCUGGCUGGCGAGUCUGGAGCCACGUCUCCAACCGUACUUUCCUCCCCACUUACUCCAUCCUCCUCACCAUGACCAUCUGCUGCCUGCUUGGUCUGAUCAACAUCGGCUCCGCCGUUGCCCUCAACGACGUCGUCUCCAUGGCUGUCUCGGGUUUGUACUCCUCCUAUCUGAUCGUGGCGGUUCUUCUUCUCUGGCGCCGCUGCACCGGCGCCAUCAGCAACCACAAUGCCAGUGACGACACUGUGGUCAAUGUCCCUGGCGCUAAGCUCAUGUGGGGUCCGUUCCGUGUCCCGGGCAUCUGGGGUAUCUUGAUCAACACUUAUGCGGUGAUUUACAUCGUGAUUGUCAUCUUCUUCAGUUACUGGCCUACUGAACUGCCAGUGACGGUGACGAAUAUGAAUUACAGUGUGGUGGGCACUAUGGGUGUCGUCAUUCUGGCUAUCAUUUAUUAUGUGUUGAGGGCUCGUCAUGUCUACACGGGUCCUGUUAUUGAGAUCUCGUAAGGAUGGGAGCCGGGCAGAUGAGACAGGUAACAGGGGGAAGAGUGUGGCAAGCACAAGGGGCUGCGGUUGAGUGUGCUUUCGGUAUUGACAUUAAUUCUCUGUUCGGGAUUUUGCUGUUUAAUUGGGCACUAGGCCACAUGCAUCAAAAGUUACAUAGCAUUUAUUCCAUAUCUCGAAAUACCAUUUAGUAUAAUUUGCU